AUGGAAGGUGAUUAUAAAUGGCUUCUUAACAUGAAAUGUCCCGUGCAUGGAUACUCGUGUCCUAGUGGCGGUGUCACUCAGAGUAUCGAAUCAGGUGUCUAUAUACUUGAUAACAAUAAAGCAGACAUUGAUAGAUUCAUUGAAAAUAUUUUCAGCAAUCUCGACUCUAAUGUCAGACAUUUACUUGAAUCAAGACUUAAAGAAAUAUCAUAUGCCAAAGGUGCAGCCUGGACAAAAGAUAAUGUCCGUACAAAUUCUGAGGUGGACGAUCACAUCUCUGGAACUUAUUAUGUGCUUUACUCUGAUGAAUCACCAGAUCAGCCAAAUAAACGUCGAAUUUUUACUACAGUAGUUCAAAAUACCAUAUCCGCUGGAUCUGGUCAUUAUUUUAGUGCAGAAAAUUUUAACGGAAAACACAUCGAGCAUGCGCUAAUGUAUUUACUCUACAAAGAUGUUAAAAAAAGCAGUUGA